GUGUAUGUUUCUCUCCACAGUGGAUGUGACUCUAGAUCCUGAUACAGCACAUCACUACCUCACCCUGUCUGAAGACAGGAAACAAGUUAUAUUUGGAGACGUAUGGCAGGAUCUCCCUGACAACCCAGAGAGGUUUGAUAUCUCUGUCUGUGUCGUGGGAAAGGUGGGUUUCUCCUCAGGGAGAUUCUACUAUGAGGUGCAGGUGAAGGGGAAGACUGGCUGGUCUUUAGGAGUGGCCACGAAGUCCAUCAACAUGAAGGGGACGAUUUACCUGAAUCCUGAGGAUGGAUACUGCACUGUGAUGCUGAGGAAUGGACAGUACUGGGCUGGUGCUGUCCCCACUGUCCCCAUCUUCCUUAGAGAGGAGCACCAAAAAGUGGGGGUGUUUGUGGAUUAUAAGGAGGGUCAGGUCUCCUUCUACAAUGUGGAGGCCAGGUCUCAUAUCCACUCAUACACUGGCUACACCUUCACUGAGAAACUCUAUCCAUUCUUCAGCCCUGGUAAUAAUUACAGUGGUAAAAACUCAACCCCACUGGUCAUCACUCCUGUAGAUGUCACUGACUGACUGGUUUAUACCAAACAUUGAAAUACUGUUAACUGCUAAUGUAAUAGCGACCAGGUAAUGUAAUAAUUAAUUGUAAUGUAAUACAUAUUACAUAAAUCAGCAGAUAAUGUAUUAACAUUUUACAUUUAUAAUGCAAUAACUUUUCCUGAUAAUGUAAUCAUUCAAUUGCAGUUAUUAAUGCAGAACUAAAUUAUUUUGUGGAUAAGGUUAUCAUUUCAUGUGUUAACAUAGUAAAUCACAGUCUCAUAAUGUAAUCCAAUAAGACCUACCUGUCCAUCUAUCUCUGUGGACCAUAUCAUCUUAGUGGAUGAGAUCCACAUUCUUCUUCCUGAUGUAACAUGACAUUGGGAAGAAUGAAAACAGUUCACUAAAUACCACAGGAAGCCCAGGUCUGUAUGCACUGUCAUAUGUUCAGUAAACCCCUGCAAUUACAUUAUUACAUGACUUACUAUAAUAAUMAAAUACUGUCCUGCAUGAUMAUGRUUCUUACUAUARUUUAGUUGAAUACUUUUUUUGCUGUUGAACUAGAAGGAGAGCUUGCAAGAAAUCCUUUCAUCGCCCUGUGUACUACGCUGUAUCCUGUGAAUAUGACAGUAAACGUUGAUUUGAAAUGA